GGAAAAGCUUGCACAGGCAGAGGAGGAAACAUGUCAAGAGAGGUGAUGACACAGCCACAUAGACGUACUCACAUCCUCAGUGGCUUCUGGGAUUGCUCUUUACUAUCGUUUUAGCCGCUGUCAACCUUCCUGCAUCCCACGGAGGAGAGAGAGAGAGAGAGGGAGAGAAAGAGAGCCGUCACUCCCCCUCUUCACCUCUAUCUUCCCAUCUUUUUCACUUUGUUUGUGGAUGAUGGGAUUUUAAUCAUGUGGAAGACAUCUGAGCGGCUCUUCUUGAUAUUGCUGAAGCUGCACGCAAUCCCGCCUGGCUUCUUCUGAGCAGGAUGGACACUCUGGAGUCAGAGCUGACCUGCCCAAUCUGCCUGGAGCUCUUCGAAGACCCACUGCUGCUCCCUUGUGCUCACAGCCUGUGCUUUGGUUGUGCCCACCGUAUCCUCGUCUCCCAUUGCGCCACUAACGAGUCCGUCCAGAAUAUUGGCGCUUUUCAGUGCCCCACUUGUAGGUAUGUAAUUUCCCUGAGUCCAGAGCGUGGAUUAGAGGGACUCAAAAGAAACGUGACUUUGCAGAACAUCAUCGACAGAGUUCAGAGGGCUUCUUCCUCAGCUGGGCUUCCUCUACCGCUGCCAUUGGCCGGCCCCCACAGUGGGCCUAACUCUCCCAGCGAGGAAGGGAGCAAUCGGCUGGCUUUGGUUCCUGUCAGUGCCGCCAUGUCCAGCCCGGAAACUCCCCCGGAACCAGUCCAAUGCCAAUUCUGUGAGCAGGACCCACCUCAGGAUGCCGUUAAGACAUGCGUGACAUGUGAAGUUUCGUACUGCGAAGAAUGCCUCAGAGCAACUCACCCAAACAAGAAGCCAUUCACCGGUCACCGGCUUAUUGAGCCUAUGCCCGAUUCCCACCUCAGAGGACUCCAGUGCCUGGAGCAUGAGGAGGAAAAGGUGAACAUGUACUGUGUCAUAGAUGAUCAGCUGAUAUGCUCACUGUGCAAACUGGUGGGAAGGCACAGGGAUCACCAAGUGGCAGCUCUAAGUGACCGCUACGAAAAACUAAAGCAAGCCCUCGACUCAAACCUGAGCAACUUGAUCAAGAGGAACAACGAACUAGAGUCGCUUAUGGGGAAACUGAUCCAGACUUGUCAGCAUGUUGAGGUUAAUGCGUCACGCCAGGAGGGCAAGCUCUUGGAGGAGUGCGACGUCUUAAUUGACAUCAUUCAGCAGAGGAGGCAGAUCAUUGGCAGCAAGAUUAAAGAGGGGAAGGCACAAAGGCUACGGAAGCUGGCCCAACAGAUUUCCAACUGUAAGCAGUGCAUCGAGAGGUCCUCAGCGCUCAUCACACAAGCCGAUCAAACCCUGAAAGAAACGGACCACGCACGCUUCCUACAGACUGCCAAAAGCAUCAAUGAAAGGGUUUCCAUGGCAACAGCAUCAACCCAGGUGCUGAUUCCCGAGAUCCAUCUGACAGACACGUUUGACACGUUUGCCCUCGACUUUACUAGAGAGAAGAAGUUGCUGGAAAAUCUGGAUUACCUCACAGCUCCAAGUGCUCCGUGCAUAAGGGAAGAGCUGUGCACAGCUUCAUACGACACUAUCAGUGUCCACUGGACGUCUGAUGAUGAAUUCACGGUCGUGUCCUACGAGCUCCAAUAUGCCAUCUUCACCGGACAGUCCAACAUUGCCAGUCUAUGCAACUCAUUGGAAAGUUGGAUGAUUGUUCCCAACAUUAAACAGAACCAUUACACAGUGCAUGGUUUGCAGAGCGGAACUAAGUAUAUCUUUGUGGUGAAAGCCAUUAAUCAAGCAGGAAGCAGGAGCAGUGAACCCGGGACUCUGAAAACAAACAGCCAACCGUUCAAACUGGAUCCAAAAUCUGCUCAUAAGAAGCUCAAAGUUUCCCAUGAUAACCUCACAGUAGAACGCGAUGAAACCACAUCCAAGAAGGGCCAUAGCCAGGAUCGGUUCUCCAGCCAGAGCAGCUAUGGCGUGGUGGGAAAUGUCUACAUUGACAGUGGACGUCAUUACUGGGAGGCUCUGAUUGGAGGGAGCACAUGGUACGCUAUAGGUAUUGCAUACAAGUCAGCCCCCAAGCACGAGUGGAUCGGCAAGAAUUCUGCCUCUUGGGUGCUCUGCCGCUGUAACAACUCAUGGGUGGUUCGCCACAACAGCAAGGAGCUGGCCAUAGAACCCUCCCCCCACCUCCGACGGGUAGGGAUCCUGUUGGAUUACGACGCCGGAUACAUUUCUUUCUAUGAUGCCGUCGGCUCUCAGCACCUACAUACCUUUCAUGUGUCUUUUGUCCAGCCAGUGUGUCCUGUGUUUAAUGUAUGGAAUAAGUGUCUGACGAUACUCACAGGUCUACCUAUCCCUGACCAUCUAGAGGGACUAGAAUCAAGCAACUGAAGUCUGCAAAACAAAAACAAACACUCAAAAAGCCACUACCUUUAAGCUGCACUGGGCAACAUUUAUAAAAAAUAUUCUGUCUUGGUAGACCGCCCUUGUAACUCACCCUUUUCUGCUACAGUUAGCCACAUUAAAUUCUGCUCAUGCACUACUACACACCCAAAGGCAGGAAAAUACAAACUCUCUUUUCUGACUUAAACUAGAAAGCAUGCUUUAACAGAACAGGUAGAACACUCUAGGUUUGAUAUGGUUCUUAGCAUCUUUGUCUCACUGUUAUCCAGACCAUCACAGACUGUUUUCCGGUUGAUUAACAUUCUGGUUUGCCUCUUAAACUGGCCAGCAUAUACCGUUACCCAGUGCAGCAGCCAUACACUUGCAAUGGUAUUCAUGCUCCUUGACCUUUUUCUGUCACUUAACAACAUAUUCUCAUUAAAUUUAAUGCAAAAGACAAACUUCUUAAUGCACAAAUUUUUCUUGGGACAUUGUGCUGUAUGUAGAUCUAACCACCUUAAUAUCCAGUCUGACCAGCUUUCCGGUUGGUCAUAAGCUAUGUUUGCACACUGCAGGGGAGCAGUGCGCUGCCAUUGUGGGGCACCCAGUGAGCAGUGUGGGGUUAAGGGUCUUGCUCAAGAACCCAGAGUGGAGGCUGUGGGGAUCAAACCAGGUUCUUGCAACCUUCUCAGUGCACAAGCACACUGCUCUAUCCACUAGGCUAACACUCCCAACCAUGGUUGGGAAUAUGUGUUUCUAUA